GGAAGCAAGUUGUUUCUGUGGUAAUGGUGUUGGUGCAUGGCGUAUAUACGGGUGUUUUUCACCAUGUCCAGGUAGAGCUGAUGAAAGAUGUGGUGGACUCUAUGGCAUGUCUGUAUACUCAACUAGAGAAGAAUUUUCAUCAACCAGAACAAUUGUAUCUGAGGUAAUCCCUGAUACAACAUCACACAGGCUAACAACAGAACUUAGUACUUAUCUUUUCACACAGACAUUUCCUACAGAUUUUACAGGUAAAACGCAUACGCCAGAGGAUGCUGUUUACAUUGCAGUUCCUAUAGCUUGUGUUUGUUUUAUAAUUUGUGCUGUUGCAGUUUUUGUGUUUUUCUGGCGACAACGUAGGCAGAAACGAACAGGACAAAGACGUUCAGUUACAGUUGUGGCUUCAACGAACGUUAUUUACAAUGAACAAACAUAUUCAAAUGAUGUUGAUCCGUUCUCUGCAAAUGGAAAUGUGACGCUUAACAAUAAUGGCGGCACAGAAUUUUCUUCAACCAAUGUGUAUUCAGUGUGCAAGAAUGAAGAAAACCAUGACGUUAUCAAUGCGGAAAAUGGAUCUACGUGUCUACCGAAUGAGCAUGUUUAUGGGCAUAUCAAACAUCAAAACAUGCAUUUUUCCGAUCAGACAUACUCGCAAUUGUCGAACAAUAGAGAAAGAUUGACCCAAGCUAACCAAUAUUCUCAUAUAAAAACACCACAAAUUAUUGAAUAUACACCAGAUAAAGAUUUAACAUACAACCAUUUACAGGUAUUCACAAAUAAUGGUGUAGUCAGAGAUAUUGACGAUGAUUUGUCAUACGAUAUUUCUCAUGCAGGCGGACAUGAUGUGGAAAAGGAACAAUCAGGGGAGUAUUCAAACUUAAGAUAUUAAUUAAAACGUCAUUUUUAAAUAUUGGUUUUAAUAUAAUGAAGGAUUUCAAAUCGAAAUUAUAGAAUUGUCAGUGUCUUGAAAGCAAGAAGCUACUGGUUAAAUUUGAACAUAUUUGUUGAAGCUCGACAUUUGAGGACAAGUUCUUUAGGCGUAUAUUAAUCACUUUCGAGUACGUCUCCUGGAACUAACGUGUAUUGCUGUCAUGCGAGGAAACACGUGUUCAUGAAUAUGAAUAGAACCUACGAUCCCUUGGUUGACAGGCUGGCAGGCACUUUUACAUAUAAUUUGCAGACCUUACUUAGCGAUAUAGUAAUCAGAAAAUCAGAAAGAAUAUUAGAUUUUUCAAAUACGUUCAUUCAU